UGUGUAUCGAAAUACAUGUCCGUGGAUGAUUGACAAUCACGCCCGUUUCUUACUGUAGGCUGCUCACAAAUCACUAGUUCAUACCAUCGCAUCGCGACUAUCAUGCACCUCAGUUUUAACGCGACAGAAAUGCUCAAGCGCUAAUCACACGCGUCUCCUGGAAGAAAGCGGCGCGGGACCGCCUUAAAACUAAAGCGGCAGUGGACAUCAAAGGCGUUUAAAGCUCUCCUUCAGCUGCAGUGAGUGAAUCGCUGGAUAACAUGCAGACGGCAGUGACGCAAGGGCUGCGCUGGACUAACUGAGCACUGAGAAACCUGCUGCUGCUGCUGCUGCUGCCGGCUCUCGCCCAAAACAUCGAAGAACAGGAGCUUUCUGUCUGUUGUUGAGAUCACCGCAGGUUUUUGCUGGAACUAUGGUUUAGGCUGAUAACGGUCCCAGAUCUGCGUGAACACUAUGGCUGCAGUGGUCAAUUAUUCUCCGCCGUGGUGGGUUAACCUUUUCCAUCGCCUCCCGCACUUCAACCUACAGUUUCAGCUGACCAGCAGCGAUUUCCGCCCGGAGGACUCGGAAUAUCAAAAGUCUGUGUUGUUGCUAGGUGCAGUAGCAUUGGUGUGCUUGGCACUCGACCUCCUCUUCCUCCUCUUCUAUUCCUUUUGGCUGUGCUGCCGUCGCAGGAAGAACCACGACUCGCCCAACGCAGACUGCUGCUGCACCGCUUGGUGCGUGAUCAUCGCCACGCUUGUGUGCAGUGCUGGCAUUGCAGUUGGUUUCUACGGAAACGGCGAAACGUGCGAUGGCAUGACACGCCUGACAUACUCUUUGCGCCAUGCUAACCAAACAGUGGCAGGCAUCGACAAACUGGUAUCAGAGAGCACCAGCAGUCUGAAUGAAACCCUGCAGGAGGGUUUGGUGCAGCUGGAGACUGUGUACUCCAAACAUACAGACUACCUGUCCAUCGUCCAGAAACUGCAGGGUCAGCUGGACGAGCUGAUCAAUCUGAUGGUGGAGGUGCCUUUCUGGAGCAGUACGGAUAUCUCUCUGGAUCACCUGGCAUCCCUCACUGAGCAGUAUGACUGGUACAGGUGGUUGGGUUAUCUGGGUCUGCUGCUCUUUGAUGUUAUAAUCUGCCUGCUCAUUUUGGUUGGUCUCAUACGCAACUCAAGAAGCAUCUUGAUCAGUGUUUGUUUGCUAGGUGUGCUGACGCUGGUGAUCAGCUGGGCUUCACUUGGGCUGGAGUUUUCUGUUGCUGUGACUGCCAGUGAUUUUUGUGUUGCCCCUGACUCUUACAUCACCAAAGUGACACGUGAGAAUGCCGUUAUCAACCAAGAUAUCAUGCAGUAUUAUCUGAGGUGCAGCAUGGGACAGACCAACCCAUUUCAGCAGAAACUCUCCGGAAGCCAUAAAGCUCUUGUGGAGAUGCAGGAUGAUGUUUCCGAGCUCUUGCGCUCAGCUAUUCGAGAAUUCCCCAAGACUAAGAGUAACCUGGAGGAGAUGCAGGCGGUGUUAAACUCCACUGAAAUCAGUCUCCACCACCUCACUGCCCUGGUCGACUGUCGGGGCCUGCACAUGGACUAUGUGCAGGCUCUGACCGGACUGUGUUACGAUGGAGUGGAGGGGCUUAUUUAUCUGGUCCUUUUCUCAUUCAUCACUGCGCUAAUGUUUAGCUCCAUCGUUUGCAGUGUGCCUCACACUUGGCAGAGCAAGAGGUCUGAGGAGGAGGAUGGCGAUGAGACUUCGGCCACACUCGGCCCGCGAGCGCCGCAUGAUAACCUGUACCGCGUACACAUGCCUAGCCUGUACAGCUGUGGCAGCAGCACCUACGGCAGCGAGGCUAGUCUCCCCGCUGCAGCACACACUGUCAGCAACGCACCAGUCACUGAGUACAUGAGCCAGAAUGCUAACUUUCAGACCCCUCGGUGCGAGAACACGCCACUCAUUGGCAGAGAAUCCCCCCCGCCGUCAUACACCUCAAGCAUGAGGGCCAAAUAUCUAGCAACCAGCCGCCCAGACCAAUCCAGGCCAUCAGAAUCCCAGAAUGGUCUGGUGCCCAACAUGCGACCAGACCUAACCAGCCGUUCAGCUCCAAACAGCCGACCAAAUUCAGCUAUCCACCGACCCCACUCCGCCAUCCAUUAACUAUCCUCAAAUGCGUAACCAAUAGUCAUCUACCUGUCAGGUCCACCAGUACGAAGUUUGACUCCACAUCAAUGUUCAGCCCAGUGAAGAAAUUCACCCCAACAUCUUUAUUUGAUUGGAAUCAGUCAUCCAUGCUUACCUACUCUGGCUUCUUAAAGACUCCAUUCUGCCAAAUUUGAUUCAAACUGCCAUUUUUUUACUCCCCUAAUCAUCACAGCAACUACACUGCCCUCUUCUGGAGGACUCCUCUCAGUCGUCAGCACAGUAGCUCCCAUACUACCCUUACAGAGAUUCUCUCAGGGCAGCCAUAUUGGCAAGGACUGCAGGACCACAUUAUCACAGGAUAAUGGUUUAUACCUCUCAUUUUUAAAUCUCUUGCCUUGCUGUGCAAGAAAUGUCACUAUGACAUUUGAUUUUAUGAUGGAGUUCUAUUUUUAAGCGUUUUGCGAGAUUACAUAUAGUUUAACGAGGUUUUAAAGAUGCAGCUUUUGCGCUUUCUCUGCAGUUCCUGACAAUAUGGCAGCAUUCUACUACUACAACCACAAUCCAAGGUAUUCAUCAUUGCCAUUUGAUGUUAACAGAGAUGUUUACUCGUUUACAAAUGUUCAUGAGUUAACUGAAUCACAUAUUUGUGACUCUGUGGUUAAACAAACAUUCCUGUCAUGAAAGGCCACUCUUUGUAUUUACAGUACAGUGUAAUCUAUGGUGUACCAGUGUGAAUUGACAGCCAUUAAGCCUUUGAGCCAUUAUGCACAUUCAGUAUUUUAUUCUAGAAGGGAACAGUUGCACAGCACACUAUCAGUGUGUUUGUGUGCGUGGCGUGUUUGCCUUGUGCAUUAGUGAGUGUGUUUUAAAACAGCACUACUCGCGAGCUUUGCUCUUUGUAAAUAGUAAGUGUUUUUGUACUUUAAAAACGUCUAAAUGAUCAACACUACAAACUCAGUGCACUAAUCUUCUGUGUAACAGUGCAGUGCAACAUUUGCCGUGGCGUAGAGCUGCAGUGAAGAAUACCUGUAAGAAAAAAAUGGUCAAUGAACUCCGUGAUGAAAUAAUAGUAAAUGUUUUGUUGACAUAUCAUUUGAAUUUGUGAAUACACUUGUGGGUGCUCGUGUGUAUGUGCACACUUUAAAUGUGAAUAUUUCUAACGGAGGAAAAUUAGCUUGGAGUAAAAAAGGUGAAGAAGGGAUACCUGGACAAAAAGAGAAAUGCCUCCCCACUGCCCCACAUGUAAAUCUUUUUUUUUCUGCUUGUCAUCCAGGCUUCACGUUAUUUAGCAGGAGAUUUUUGUUUUGUUUUGUAGUGAAUCGGAAUCGAUUUUCACCACGGUCAGUCUUUUCCUUAUUUCUGUUUAGCAUUAAUGGGGAAACACUUCUCUGUAGUGUUGAUGGAUCUGCAGUAUGGACACUGGACUUGUGCCACUAACAGGACUUUUGUGGUUUCGGCAACUUUCUGCGGGAGAAAGGUCAAAAAAACAAAUUGUGAAGAAGGAAAAAAGCGACGGGGACAAUGAAACUAAGGAAAUUUCCUCCUUGUCAUGCAGUCACUAAGUAAGACUUGUGUGGAUGUAGUGUAAGAUAACCUAGCUGUCUUUACCAAGUGCAGUAUUGUUGGUUUCAUUUACUUGCAUCCAGUGUCAUAAGGCUGACAUAACAGUAUUAGACGUUGUCAUGGCGCCAGUCAACCGCUAAUGUUAUCAUGCAUAAGAUGUGGAAUCUAAUGCCACUUUCAAAACAUCGCACCUUGAUUCUUAAACGUGGGUGUUCAUUUGAUUUGAAUAAAUAUCAUUAAUUACAUUAGCAGGUAGAAAUGUCAUUUUAAACUGGAAAAUGCUAUAAUGCUGUAUCUUUUCUGACUUUGUGACACCCUCAGUCAAUUGAGGUUGCGUGUUGUUUGAAUUAUCUUUUUGUGAAACAAAAGUGGACGCUGAGUUUGGAUGCCAGCAGGAAAGGGCUUGUAUCCCUAAACCUCAAAGAUCAUGCACAGACAUGCUUUGACCAUGUAGUGUCAAGCAACCACUAAAGUUACAAUCCUAGAAAAACACUCAUGCACAAAAACUGUCAAUGCAACACUAGAGGUUUCACAUAAACACUGAAUAUUACAGAGAAAGUUAAUUAUUUUGCAAGCAACACAAAUGGAUAACCAUGCACCUUACCACUUAAUAGACACAAUGUAAAAUUGCUCUGAAAUAUGUGAGUCUUUUUACAGUAUUUACAUGUAUUCAACCACUAACCAUCAUAUAGAGACAAUCCAAAUGUUCGGAUCUAUGAUUCUGUACCAUAUAAUGCAGUUGCAUGACUGAAGGAAAUAUGAGGAAGAAAUAUUCUGCCUUUCUUAACAUUUUCAUACAAUAACCUUUCUUUAAAUGUACACUUAUUUUCUAGCAUAUUCUUGUUAGCUUUCUAUUGUAUAGAUCAUAACAAAUGAGCCUACUCACUCCUUUCUAAAUGUGAAUAUGAAUGAUUCGUCAUAAAUUGAUGUUUUGAUAACAAUUCUUAUGAAUUUUUUCAUGUUUUUUAUGUUUGUUUUUG